GAUCUUUUCAUUGGAUUGUUGGACGAUGAUUAUUGUUUUGCACGCCAUGGAAGGAAACCUUUGCUUUUUUGGCUCCAUGUUGAUUCCAACACUUUCGUACUCUUUCCAGCAUCGUAGAUGUAUCCACUGUCGUUCAAGUUGUCAAUUAGGUAUAGGUUUUAGGGUAAAGUCUCCCAAAUACAAGUCCUUUUACAAGAAUAUUCGAAUGACAGUGGAUGAUAAACAAGUGGUCACAGAAUAUUUCAAUACAGUUGGAUUUGAACGUUGGAGAAGGAUCUAUUCCCCAACUGAACGAGUCAAUAGAGUCCAACAAGAUAUAAGACGAGGUCAUCAGCAGACAGUAAAUAUAAUUCUUCGCUGGAUAGAAGAAGAUGGAGGAAACAUUUCAGAACAAUCUUUUUGUGAUGCUGGUUGUGGAGUUGGUAGUCUCGCCAUUCCUUUAGCAAAACUUGGAGCACGAGUAGCUGCUUCAGACAUAUCUCAUUCUAUGAUCGAAGAAGCUCAGAAAAGAGCUAAAGAGGAAUGGGGUGUUAUUCCAUCUUCGUUAUCAUUUCAAGUCCAAGAUUUAUUGGAACUGCAAGGCUCAUUUGAUACGGUGUUAUGUGUAGAUGUGCUUAUCCAUUAUUCCGAUGCUCAAUUAGUUUCUCUUCUUGAUUCGUUAUCAAGAGUGGCUAAGAGGAGAAUGAUUAUUACUUUUGCACCUAAAACCUUCUAUUAUGUAUUGCUCAAAAAGAUCGGAGACUUUUUUCCUGGACCUAGCAAGGCAACUAGAGCUUAUUUACAUGAAGAGAAAGACAUACUCGACUCUUUACAACAACGUGGUUGGCAAUGGAUAAGAAAAGAUUUGGUGAAAACAAAUUUUUACUUUUGUCAAAUUGUGCAGUUGGAAAAACGAAACAGAACAUAAACUAUGUCACUUGAAGAUAUGAGUUCUGUCUCUUAUGCUGAAGAAGAUAUAAUUAGUAAAACAAGUGGUUUUCAUAUACAUACUU